AUGCAGGUAGAUGACGUUUAUCCCUCCGCUGAACAGGUGUGUCCAAUCACACAGCUCAACUGGAACCAUCGACCUCCACAGCUGCUGCUGGGACAGGUAAACUCACCAGACCUGGCCGGGGUUCGGCCCUUCGGUCCGGAGCAGGAGAUGGAGUCCAGGAUCAUUGGGGGUCAGGAGGCCUGGGCUCACUCGUGGCCUUGGCAGGUGUCCGUUUGUUUUGCCUCCAUGCCGGCCUGUGGGGGGGCCAUCAUCAGUCCACUGUGGGUCAUCUCUGCUGCUCAUUGCUUCAAAAGGUACAACAGAGCUUCGUUCUGGAAGGUUCUGGCUGGAAAACACGACCUCGAUAAUCUUCAUGAAGCGGGACAACAGCUGGUCGGAGUCUCGGCGAUCGUCAGCCACCGCAGCUACAACACUCGGACUAAAGAGGGCGACAUGGCUCUGCUGAGGCUGCAGCGGCCUCUGGUCUUCAACCAGUUCGUCAGACCCAUCGACAUCUGGAUGACUCCGCUACCUCUCUUCAAGAAGUGCACCAUCACCGGCUGGGGCUCCACCCAAGAGAAUGGUCCUCGAGUCAACAGGCUGCAGGAGGUGAACGUGACUGUCCUGCCCUCUGAGGUCUGUAACCAGUACUACCUGGGCAGGAUCAGGUCCUCCAUGUUCUGUGCUGGGAAGGACGAGGGAGGAGUUGACGCCUGUCAGGGGGACUCUGGAGGUCCUCUGUCCUGCUUCACCGGCAGCAGGUACGAGUUGGCAGGUGUGGUGAGUUGGGGAGUUGGCUGUGGACGAGCCAGAAAACCAGGAGUGUAUACCGACAUCCAGCAGCACGCUCAGUGGAUGUCUGACAUCAUGAAUGAUCAGAACAGGAUGUAUGAAGAUGACAUCACAGAUGAAGAGGACAGGUGUGGGAAGCAGCAGAGCCCCAGCUGUGAUCACGCUCCAGGCCUCGCUAGUCUCUCGGUGUCCCAGGACGGUGAGGUGUCUGUAGGGAACGUGACCGAGUCCUGCCCCUUCUUCUGGCCCUGGCAGGUCAGCCUGCAGUCCAGUGGACGCCACUACUGCAGUGGAGUGUUGAUCCAUCGCCGCUGGGUUGUCGCUGCUAAACACUGUAACAUCAGACCUAAAGUGGACGUGGUGGCUCUGGGACUUCAUGACCUCCGGUUCUUGCCAGCUCAAACUGUCCUGGUGGACAAAGUCUUCAACCUGCCACAGGAUGGCAGCUUCCCGCCAAAGUCUGACCUGUCACUUCUCCGCCUCAGUGUUCCCGCCAGAUUCAGCUCCGAUGUGUCUCCGGUUUGUGUCCCUGAAGAGGACGAGGAGCCGGACGACAGCUGGCACUGCUUCACCUCUGGCUGGGGAGCGGCAGCAGGAAGAGCCGACAUCGAUCCGGACCGACUGCACCACGUCAGACUGACUCUGGUCAAUCAGACCAACUGUAGGAGCCUGUGGGGAGGAGGACUCAUCAGUGACUCUCACAUCUGUUCACAUGCUGCCAGCUCCUCUUCCUGCAUGGGCGACGCCGGAGCUCCUCUCAUCUGUCAGAAACGUGGCACCUACUUCCUGUCUGGUGUGGUCACAUGGGGCAGCCGGCGCUGUGAUGCAGACAAACCGGCAAUCUUCACCAGAAUAUCUGACUAUGGUUCAUGGAUCACUGAGGUGACUGAAGACAACUGA